GAGAGAGAGAGAGAGAGAGAGAGAGAGAGAGAGAGAGAGAAUUCCCUUCAAGAAUUCAACAAUCUUGCUUUGCUUUUAUGCCCUUUUUCUUGCUUGUGCUAGUCCCCUUUCGUCCUUCUUACACCUUGAUGAAUUUUCAUUACUUGAACUCUCUGUACUUGCUGAUCUAGCCUUCCAGGACAGAAAUAAUAUACAAUUUAUUAUAUCUUGUUCAUAUGCAUCUAAUCAUCAUUAAGAAGACACCCUUCAAGCCAUCCAACCCAAAUACAAUCCUAAGCAGAAUUGAAGGAAAGAACUUUCAUUUGCGACAUAGAUUUGAAAAUUUUCAAUAAGGCUUGUUAUGGCACUGCUAGACAAACCAAAAACUUGGAUUCCAUAUAUGAACAGUAAAGACUGUUCUCAAGGAUUUUGUAGCAUGAACUGCCCACAAUGGUGCUACGUCAUCUUCCCUCCUCCACCUCCUCUUGAUGAUGAGUUCCCUGAUGACAACAAUUCAAGCCCAAUCUUCUCUCCUCUUGUCAUUGCAAUUAUUGUGGCUAGUGCUUUUCUACUAGUAAGUUACUAUAUCAUAAUUUCUAAAUUUUGUGGAAACAAUAAUGAUUCAGCAAGAAGAAUAGAAAACCAAGACCUUGUUGAUCAGGAAAUGGAGGAUAAUCACAACCCAUCUCUCCAUGAGCCUUGGCAUGUUUCCACAACUGGUUUAGAUGAAGUUAUAAUAAAGUCAAUCACAAUGGUUAAGUAUAAAAAGGGAGAUGGUUUGAUUGAAGGGACAGAUUGUUCUGUUUGCCUCAGUGAGUUUCAAGAAGAUGAGAGCUUAAGGCUUUUGCCUAAGUGCAGUCAUGCUUUCCAUGUCUAUUGUAUUGAUACGUGGCUUAAAUCUCACUCAAAUUGCCCCUUGUGCCGUGCUAAUAUUGUCUUCAUUAGUGCUGCUGCUUUGCCUCCAUUGCCUCCUCCAGUAAUGGAAAGUCUUCAAGCCAACGAAUCAUCUCAUGAUAGCCACAGAACUAAUGGAAAUGCAGCUGUUACACAGGACAUUGAAAGGGUUGUUUCAGAAGAGGAAAUAGAGCAGAAUAAUGGAGGAGAUUCAAAGACACCGUUACGUGUGUUCAGUGAUUUGGGGAACUUGCAGGAGAGAGAUGCCAUAAUUCAGAUUAGAGAUGAAAGGUAUCCACCCGUUAGGAGAUCAUUUUCAAUGGAUCAUCCAUGUCAAAACCGUUGUUUAGCUGCUGAUAUUCUGCAGAUGAACCAAGAUGAAGUUAUUCUAGUGGAAGAUUGCUUAUCAGGAGAUGCUGCUGAAUCAUCCAAACGUUCAGCCCAAGUCACCAAGCAUAGCCAUAGAAGAAGAGUCUUGCAUUAUGUACUGAGUCCUGCUAGAAUGAAGAGAUCAUUUUCUAGCGGAAGAUUCUUCCUCAAUAGGCAUGGAAACGCUGUCUAGAAAAAAAAUUGAAACACUUAAAAAAGGUUUAUAUAUAUUGAUGAAGAAAUUUAUGAAAGAUUUAAGCUUGCAGAUGUUAACUUUUGCAUUGGUUUGUUUAUGUUCUUAUGCAGUAGUGGUAUGUGUGGAUCAGAACUAAUAAAGGACAUCUAUGUUUUUAUGUGGCUAGAAACUUGACUAUCAUCGGAAAUUCUUACUUUACUGGAAA